UAGGGGCAUUUCCGUGGUACCCAUCAAUCAAGUGGGUGGGCUCACGUAUCACGAAAUCGCUCUUUUUAAGAGGGGGGGCCAACGACCAUAGCCAAUUGUAUUGAAGCAGCUCUCGAUUCGUUCGGUCUGAAAUCAUAGCACCACCCCUCUCGACCUAGGGUUUCUCUGUCCAGCUCGUUCAACCUCAAAAUAACCAGAUCAAUGAUAGAUUGAAUGGUUUCCUGCCGCAGCAUACGACAACACUUUCUAUUCCUUGUUUACACCAAGAGAGCUGAAGGAUCUCUUUUUUUGAACUAAACCAAGAGGGAGACUUCAUGAUUCGCCAAUUUAGUGCAGAGCGGUCCACCAUCAGUGGCUCAACUUCAAAUCUUCCAGAUUCUUCAAGUGCAGGCCGACCUUUUACGUCUUCGUUUUCUGCUCAGUCAGGUUCAGCUCCUGUUUUCCAUCAUUCUGGAACCAUACAAGGACUGCACAACAUUCACGGGAACUUCAACCUGCCAAACGUUCCAGGCUCACUGACUUCCCGCAACUCAGCUCUAGGUGGUGUUCCGGCAAAUGGUGUUCAGCAGCCUUCAGGAGGCCUUUCUAGUGGUCGAUUUACAUCAAACAGCGUUCCUGUAGCACUGUCUCAGUUGCAUGUGCAGCUUUCACAUGGCGGUUUGCAUGGACAUUCCGGAGUUACGAGUAGGGGAGGUAUCUCCCCAAUUUUGGGUAAUGCAGGUCCCAGAAUAUCCAGCUCAGGAGGCAACAUUAUUGGUGGGGGAAACAUCGGGAGGGGCAUAAGCGCUGGUAAUGGGUUAGCUUUGCCUGCUCUAGCAUCACGUGUGAACUUAGCUGCUAACAAUGGAUCAGGGAGUCUAAAUGCUCAAGGAGCAAGCAGACUGAUGACUGGUGUUCUCCAACAAGCUCCACAAGUGAUUCCCAUGAUAGGAAAUUCUUAUCCAACUUCUGGAGGCCCAAUGGCUCAGAGCCAAGUUCAAGCAGUGAAUAAUUCUUUAAGCUCUGUAGGAUUGCCAAAUGAUGUGAAUUCCAAUGAAAGUUCCCCUUUCGACAUGAAUGAUUUUCCGCAGUUAAGUGGUCGUCCGAGUUCUGCAGGAGGGCCACAAGGACAGCUAGCUUCUCUGAGAAAGCAAGGUGGUGGUGUUAGUUCUAUUGUUCAACAAAACCAAGAAUUCAGCAUUCAAAAUGAAGACUUCCCAGCUUUACCUGGGUUUAAAGGUGGCAAUGCUGAUUUUACAAUGGAUUUGCAUCAGAAAGAACAUCAUCAUGACAAUGCCAUGCCAAUGAUUCAGGGGCAACAUUUUCCUAUGGGAAGAUCAGGAGGAUUCGGCUUAACUGGAAGUUAUGCAUCUCAUCGUCAGCAACAACAGCAGCAACUUGCUUCACCAGUUGGUAGUACUGGAGCCUCGUUUGCUCCAUCUAAUUCUGCAGAUCUUCUCCACCUACAUGGCUCUGAAUUAUUCCCAUCGUCACAUGGGAUAUCUGCCUCUUAUCAUUUACAGGUUCAAACGAGUGGAACUCCAAGUAUGGGAUUAAGACCAGUAAACACUUCGAUUACAGCUUCUAAUUUGGCAUCAUAUGACCAUCUUAUUCAGCAAUAUCCACAACAUCAAAACCAAUCCCAAUUUCGUAUGCAACAGAUUUCGGCUCUUGCUCAGCCCAGAGAUCAGAAUCUUAAGUCCUUGCAUGGGGUGCAAGCCUCUCCUGAUCGAUUUGCGCUGGCAGGUUUAUUGAGUAUUAUAAGGUCCUGUGAUGUGGAUCUGCAAUCUUUAGCUUUGGGAACGGAUCUUACUACAUUAGGGUUAAACUUGAACUCCAGGGAGGAUCUUCAUAGAACUUUUGGCUCCCCCUGGUCUGAUCAACCUGCUAAAGGCGAUCCUGAGUAUAGUUUGCCUCAAUGCUACAUUCAGCCAGCACCCAGGCUACAACGAGGCUAUUUUUCGAAGUACCAUCUGGGGACUCUGUUCUAUGCAUUCUACAGUAUGCCCAAUGAUGAAGCACAGUUGUAUGCAGCCGAUGAACUGUAUAGACAGGGGUGGUUCUAUCACAGGGAGCUUCGAUUGUGGUUCAUAAGGGUUGGAAAUGCGGAGCCUGUUGUCAAGACAAAAACAUACGAGAGGGGUUCCUAUCAUUGCUUUGAUCCUAACACAUGGGAAACUGUUAGAAAGGAUAAUUUUGUCAUCUCUUAUGAUAUGCUCGAGAGCCGAUCCCAAAUAGAUGGGAUAAGACUCGGAUGAUGAUGAGGAUUACGAUAUGCUUGAGGGACCAUCUCUACCUCAACACUAACCGUUAACACAUGGCAUUGAGGGUUUUGCUGCAUUCUAGUCACGGCUGUAAAUUCUGCUCGUCUUCUUCUGUGAGUGAUUGUUUCCCAAAGAAGUGCAUAGUCUCAACUCAAUAGAAUACAUACCCAGAGUAUGUUCGCCCUGGCCAGGUGAUACACAUUGUGUUGUUGGAAAGCUAGUUACAACCUGGCAGAAGGAAAAUCAAGAAACUGCCUUAUGGAUUGCGGGUUAGAAACACUAACAAAUGUCAACAGCUGCCAAAAGCUAUCUGACUGAUUACAUCUUUGUGCCUCUUGAUGUCUACUUUCUUUUGCUUUCCAGAAUUUUUAAGCUUAAGCCUUGAUAUUUGAUCAGUGCCCAUUAGAUUUUAGUAGUAAAGAUUUGUUGUUCAGUUUGCUAUA